UCCAGUCCACAGAUGUGAAUGACUUUGCUUCCUUUUAAAUUAUAGUGCCUUCUUUGCAUUUGCAUUUGUUGCCUUUUGCAGUGCCUGGAAUUUUCCAAAUAACAGUGCUGGCUCCAGAUACUUAGGUAAAUAAAUGAAGGAAACUCCAGGUAGCAGUGUUUACCAAAGCCCUACAUGAGACAAUCUGUAUAGAGAAGGAGAGGGUGUGCUGUGUGUGCUUUGUGAGCUAUCAUUAGAAAUAUGGUUAGAUUCUAGACCAAGAGUGCCUCGGUCUGCACUUAUUUACUGAACUUCAGGUGAGUUAUUUAGCCCUCCUUUGGGCUUCUGUUUCUUCAUUUGUAUAAUGGGAAUCAUAAUUAUAUCAACCUCAUAGGAUUUGGGGGAGAUCACAUGAGUUAAUGAUGCAUGAAAACAUCUUAGAGACGUCCCUACACAGCAGGUGUGUAAGUGUUGGCUUUAGACCUAGUUUUCAGCUAAAGUGCUAACCUAAAAGAAAUAUUAAAGUACAGUUUUUCAGAUUUCCAACCUCUGUAGUUAGAAAGGAACCCUUAGCUCAAAGAAGGCAGAAUAGAACUCUGUUCCCUUAAUGUGCCUCGGUAUCAUUUCUUAUUAAAUGCAGAUUUUUAUGUAAUUGAUCUGAAGCUUUGAAAUUUUACAUUGCUAACAAACUCCCAAGUGAUGCCGAUACUGUGCUCCCCAUCUACGCAUGGACAGGCAAGGGAAUAAAGGGUGGUUGAGCAAAGGAACACACAAGUUCACCGGGCUUGCCAUUCACCACAGUACAGAUGGAUCUAAAGAAGUUGCUGAGCUUGUUUUUCCCCCAGAAAUGUGUAUUUGAAGUCUUGGUAAGGUAUAAGAAGCCAACAGGCCAAGUGAUUGGCUCUAGGUCCUGCCACUAAUUGUACCAAAGCAAACCAGAGCCCAGAUCACCUAACUCCAAGGCCAGUUCUUUCACACGGGAAGAGAGCGUGUCAUGGCACAGUGUCUGGCAAACGUGCUGCUCUCUGUAGACUGUGUGGCUCAAAACUCCCUCUCACCCACUUCCUUUCGCUUCCCUUAAGCCACGUGCAGCAGUGCCCUGCAGGUGCCUGGAGCUUAGGUAAGCUCUGCCCUCAUUUAGUCUCAUCUCCUUCUGAACAGCAGCCACCCCAGUCACUCGGGAGUAAUGUGCACAUGGCCGGUGCCUGCUGCCCGUGGCACGGGCUGCGCUCAGAUCCUUACUGCUAAAUGCCUGGUUUUCAGCUGGGAGCAGUUUUGCCCAGAACAAAAUACUGUAUCAUCUGCUCCAAGAUGUCAGUCAGUGCCAAAAUGGGGGCCCCUGCUCAAAGUAUAUGAGUGUUGCAGUGCUGAGUUGUCAAGAGUGAUCAAUAGCUGUUCCAAAAGAGAGGCUAUUGAAGACUCACGAAACAACCCUGCCGAGCCUGUGGCAGAUGAUUACAAGAAGAUGGGAACGCUCUUUGGUGAACUGAACAAAAGCCUCCUCGGCAUGGGCUUCACAAGGAUGUACUUCGGAGAGCGGAUUGUGGAACCAGUCAUAGUCAUUUUCUUCUGGCUCAUGCUGUGGUUCCUCGGCCUGCAAGCCCUGGGGCUGGUUGCUGUUCUGUGCCUUGUGAUUAUUUAUGUGCAGCAGUAAGACGUGGCCACCUGAGUUGUUGGGCGUUCAUUAACCAACCAUGUGUGUGAUGCAUGCAGCUUUGCAUUGUGGCUGUUUGAAGGACAGGAAAGUUUCACUUGUUUCAGAUUGUGUGCAGCUGUUUUGUAAUUAAAUUUCUAAGUGAUUGUUGUUUAAAACUAAACUAACUCUUAGUUAUGACAAAUUUGGAUAUAUAUUUUGAAUAUACACUAGCUUAUUCAAAAUUCUUGUUUCCCUCCUGUGAUCCGUGCCCGCCCCACACACCUCUGUUACAUACCACUUCUUCAUUAGCACUGCCAGACAGUGAGCAGGGAAAAUAAUCUAUGAAGUUCAAAUCAGGCAAUACAGUUUUUAUAAAGUGUUCCAAGCAAACAUUUUAGAAGAAAAAGGAGGAAAUGAGCUCAAAAGUUUUAAUUGGAAAGCUGCACAACUCCCAACUUCAUCAAGUGAUCCUGCAUUAUUUCAGGAAUGUUUGUAUUGGGAUUGUCCCUGCUCAGCCCAAACCAAGACAAACGAGAGUUUUCAUACACUGCCUUACUUAGUGGCAAAGAUGAACAAAGCUAGCACAUUUGCUACAGAUUGAAAAGACUAUGCUUAUUACUGCUGGACAAAGUUCUCAGGUUACUUUUUGUUAAUAGUGUAAUACCUGGGCCUGGAGUUUCUUCAGUUUAUUAUUUGAUGUUUUAUACGAUUUUGGUGCUAAUUACUUUUUGUGAGUUUUUUAAGUCUCAAAAGCCAAGUCCAUCUUUGGCUGCACCCUAUGGUAGGUAAUACAUGGUGUGUUGUAUCCAACAAGUUGCACAUUUUUCCUAGAGAGACAUUUUCAGUGUAUUUUUUUUCAAAAUUUUAUAAUUUUAUAGUUUUUUUAUAACAGUUGUUCUAAGAUUUAAAACAAUAUGUUUACUAUCUUAACAUGGAUUUUUCUCUCUCCCCCCAAAAAAAUUGAUCUGUAAUUUACAGUUAUUCUAAGAAAAACUUCAGAUCAUUUUUCUUUGAUAUCUGUAUUGGAAAGGACAGUACUAUACCAUAAAAUCAGAUCCCUAAAUUUGAAACUUAACAGCCAAUUGCAAUAUUCUUCCAAAGCUAAAGCCGAAUCACCAAGCAGUUGGCUAGCCAUGUUAUAAAUGUGUAUUAACUUAGCAGUGUGAGAUUUUAUAUUAAAAUAAGCAUUUCUUUAAAUACAUUUUGAAAAUGAAAUUUGGCUUUAGUGGUAUUUUUGGUUUUGCUAGAGAACCUAGAAUCUUUACACUUUGGAGAAUAAUGGAGUGGUAGUCAAGAUAAUUAUCUAGAAAUGUAAGGUAAGUAGGCGGUGGGCAUUUUGAUCUUUGGUGUUGCAGUAACUAAGCGUGUAGAGUGUUUGCUAUUCUGUUAUGUGAGGUUUCUAUCCAGACCAGUUUUGAAAAUGUCUUCUGUGGGUUCUUAGUGUCUUUCAUUCUGAAGAAGAAAAUGAUAAAAAAGAAAACAUUUCACUUGGAUUUCUAAAAUCAGAUAACCCUAAACAAAAAUACCAGUCAGGGGCAGCAGAAAGCAUUUUACAUUUGUAUGAAUAUAGGCCUUUUAAAAUUUGACUUCUAGGACCGGAGACUUAGCUCACUGGUUCUGGUGCCUGCCUCACAAGCACAAGGUCCUGAGUUGGAUCUCUGGUAUCAAAUAAAUAAAUAAAUUAAAUUAAAUUAAAUUUGACUUCUAAAAACAAAAGACUUUGUACAAUAGUGUUGUGUUUUUAUUUGGUUUGCAAUAUUUUUAAAACAACCUUUAUGAGCUCAGUGUAAGUGCAAGUUGUUUGGAAAUGUGUUUCCAUUUGUAUACAGUAGAAUUGCAAGGUUUUCAAUAGAAGUGAGAUUUUUGGAUAUCUGCAUAAAAUAUUAAUAAGUGUAUUCUUUUCUAAUGCUACCUGGAAUUUUAAUUUCCCUUGGGAAUGCAAAAAAAAAGAUACAGUAUACAUAAUAAUAGCUCUGGUUCCAGCAGUGCCUAUUGUUGAAAAUAUUUUACAAGUGAGUCCCAAUAUUAUUAUUUAGUGUGCUGUCAGGACUGUACAUCUGCACAUUGGUGUUAAUAGGGUAUUAUAAAUUGUACAGAGAAAUGAGGAAUGUGUUGCUGCUCUCCUUUCUACAUGUGUUGCUGGUUCGUGCAGUAUGCCAUCAAAUCUUUUGGUGUGAUAUAGGAGAAAAUUAUGUUUACUUGAGGAAGAUAAAAUAUUUUCUUUAAUGAAAUAGAUUAGACUGUAGAUUGUACUUUUGUCUUGAAAUGAAACUUAAUUUAUUUGGUUCAUGGUAUAAGAAAUUAGACUGAAAAUUAUUCUCAGUUAUUUCAGUCUCAAAUUUAAGCCAAUCAGAGAAACUUAAACUGCUUAUGAACAAGAAAUAAAAGUUAGAAUGCUCGGGUUAUUAGAUUAUUAAUGUAUACAUCCCCCUAGUGUUCUCUCAGUUCCGGAUCUGGAAGAGGUCCAGAUCUGCAAAUAAACUGACCGUGCACGAGAAAACCAACUUUUGCUACCGGACAAACCCAGUGUCCUCUCGGGCUGGCUGCUGCAUCUGAGGUGUUUCCCACACUGGCGGUCACUCAGCUCGAGCUCAGUCCCCCCGGGCACUGGCAGCCUGUCCUCGGCCAACUGUGUACACGUUUCCUUCCUUCAGUGGCAUGAAGUUGGUAGCUUAAAUUGGCUGUGGUGGGAGUAGUUACGCCACAAAAAACUGGCAAACCCUACAAGUCGGGCUGUUUUUUCCUGGAGAGAUGCUUGUUAAAGACACAUCACACCACUGGUGUGACGGAGUGAGGUGGGAGCCACUGUCCGCCUCUGCUCCUGUGCAUAGGGAAGAAAAGGAAGAGACACCGCAGGAAAGGAAAGCACGUAAGGUAAACCCCACAGACCACCCCUCGCUCUCUGGGUCCUUCCCCACCUGGGGGUUAAUGGGCCACGACUCCUGAAACGUCGAACCACGGUUAGGCACAGAAAACUUCUCAGGCUGUCACUGAGUCAUGGUGCAUAAAAGAGUGUCUGGGGUCCAAGCAAGGAGGAACUGACAGGAAAGAACCAGACCACAGAGCAUAGCGUGAGUGAGCUCUGCUGUAUGUAAGAAGCUUGAAUGGGCAAAGCCAGGCAUUAAGCAGUCAAGGGAUGCUUGUAGAUUACAUUUUAAAUUAUUUUACAAAUGUUUAUUGAUUUCAGGUUAGUUAAAAUGUUUUUGGUACCAAUGUAUGGCUUCACAAGGUGAAGGAAGAAAACGAAUCAAGUAAGACUUUCAUAUGUGUUAGGACCUUUAGUGCUAACUUGCUAAGAAUGUAAGCUAGUGCAGAAAUUCAUCUUCAGGGUUAGUGGUGGACCUAGGGUCUUCUUAACCCCAUAUUUCUCUGUCCAACACUUAACAGCUGGCUGCUUGGGAUCCAGUGCACAGCCUGCCCUUUCAGCACGGUGUUGCCCGUCUCUUGACUUCAGUGACUCUUCCCUCUCCGGGGAAGAGGCAGCUCCCCUGUCUGCCUCUCUGGCUCAAAGCACCGUACAAUCAAAGACCUCUCUCUUCAGUGGCUGGGCCAGUGUUCGCGCUUGAUUACCCUGUAGUGCCUCAAGUUCAACAUCUCCAAGAGAAGAGCUCAGCACCCUCCUGCCAACUCUUUUCUUUCUGUGUUGCCCUUCUCAACUCGGGACGCAGUCUCUGAAUUGCUCAAGUAGGAAUGGAAGGUUGCAUAUUUAACUCCUGUCUCUCCUACACUGCCCACAAAUGCCCAAUUGUAUAGCACCAAGUCCUGUCCAUUUUGUUUCUGCCUCUCCUCAUCCCCAGCAUCAGCUCACCUGGGAUGUUACCUCAGAACCCUGGAUGUCCUUGCCUUCAUUCCCACUAUGUAACUACAGUAACAUUUCUAAAACAUGACCCUGACCAUGACCUCUUCUAAGUGGCUUUUGCUGCCAUUAUGAUAAAGCACUUGCUCCAUAACAUUUUUACAAGGCUCUUCAAGAACUGGUUGGACCAGGGUUUUAGCUCAGUGGUUCUGCCGCCUGCCUCACAAGUGCAAGGUUCUGAGUUCAAUCCCCGGUACCAAAAAAAAAAAAAGAACUGGUUCUUUCAUACUGAGUACUUUUAUAUUGCAAAGAAAUGUUUUAGUUUUUUGAAAGAAACAUGCUUUCCUCCUUUCAGAAUGUUGUAUAUGUUGUACUUUCUUUAAGUCUUCCCCACCAGACUGGCCAACACCAACUUAGAGAUCAUGUCCUCCAGGAAAACUUCUGACUCCUUUAAAUCCAGCUUUGGACCUCAUUAUGUGCUUGGUUGUCCAUUGUGUGGAGUCCUGUGCUUUCCCUAUCAGUGUGUCUCACACUGUACUGUAGUAACUCAUUUGUCAGCUCCUGUAUUAGACGGUGGACUUCACAAGACCAGGGGACAUGUCUGUCCGGUCCAGAAUUGCGAUCCUAGUGCCUGACACAACACUGGCACAUAAGGGAUGCUCAAAACAGUUUUCAGGUGAGUGAAUCAACUUCCUUUACUCAUGGUCUCUCUGUGGUCCAUCAACCAAGAAGAUCUAGACUUGGUUGUACUUUAGAGCCCUUGGAUUCCAAAAGUAUUGUGCAUAAAGAGAGUGGUUUGAAGUAUACAUUACCAUUUGUAAGGUUCGUUCACUUUUAAUGGAAGGAUUUGCUGCUUGCAUCCAUAUGCCAUAUUACUACUACACACUUGCAAUUGUAGGAGAAAAUGUGUCUGUGUCCUGCUUGGUUGACUCACUAUUGCUCCAAAAAGGAUACUUUAUAUAUGGUCACUGAUGCUACUAAAAUUUCAUUUUUUGCAGUAUUUUUCAAUAGAUCUUUCUCUACUAAAUUUUAAUUUUUUAAAAAUCUCUGCCACGGAAUUCUUACACGUCUAAGCUUGAUAUUUUAGGCUGCAGAAUAAAUUCACUUCCCAAUAACCCAGAUUGCACAUACUAAGUACCAUGUAUAUAAAGUACUUUGCUACUCUUUCUAAUAAAUGAUGUCUUUUCCACCUCUGAGUGCCUCUGACUCUGGCAGUAUGUCCUGCUAGCCAGUUCAGGGCUGCCAUGUCAAGUUUGGAAAUUGCCAGAGCAACAGCACUGAGGCCUGAGGUCGCACAAUGUCUGUCUGUCUGUCUUUCUCCACUCCAUGUGGGAGUAGGAAGCCAGGCCCAAUGUGUCUGGCCUGUGAGCCAAAGCGAAGUGGGGAGGCCAGCAUCUGCCUGCAAGCUGCACAUCUUCUGUUAUCUCGAUUGUUACCUAGGUUGGAGCUGCUGCCUGACCUCAGAAGAAGCUCGAGAGGGUCCCGCAGUGUUCAUUCAGACACUCAAUUUCAACAGUAAAGUCCUAUCAUUUAACCUUUCAUCACCUCAGUUAGAAAUUUCUUUGCCAGUUUUCCAAAGCACCAUAAAAUAUGGUAACUUUUAUCAGCAGGCUGUGGAUAUUUUCUUUGAUCCAUUUUUGUUUGAUAUAUUUUUGUUUAGUACAUUUUGGUGGAAGAUUCCCAAUGGAAGAAAAGUCUACAUAUCAUGUGCUUGUUAAUCCCACAGUUGUUUUAUAACAAAGCUGUGCAGUAAGUUUUUUCUGGGAGAGGAGGGAUGUAAAGGCCUGAGUCUGAGGUCUUCCCAUCACGCAGUGGCCUUCUGUGAUCUGCCAUGCUUGUGCUUAGUAUGUUUUCCUGCUUUUAGGUGUGCAGUAUUAAAAUAGCCAUGUUUUUAUUGUUUAACGUAUUUUCUGGUUUUGUUUUUUGGUUUUUGUUUAGUGCGGUACUGGGGAUUGAACACAGGACCUUGCACUUUCAGGACAGGGGCAGUGCCACUGAGCUGCACCCCGGCCCACAUAUUUUCUGAUUUUAAAGGCACAAGAUUGUAUGUUUAGAUACCACAUAUCAGCAAAGGCUGAUGAACAAUUACAAA